GUCAGAGACGAACACAUACAUUAAUGCAGAAGUGUUUGUUAGCUUUUAACACUCAGAAAAAGUAGUCAUGAUCAGUAAUAAUUUUUCGAAGAAAUUUCCAGAAACAAAUUUUGGGGUUUUGUUUAAUUAAUUUAUACACAAACAAAGAAGAUUUAGUCUUUUCUUGUUUAGAUUGGUGUAUCAUGAAACAUUUUUGAAGUUUUCUGAGUACUAAAUUCGGAAACAGACAUACUGAAGAAGGCAGAAGAAUUUUGAAUUUUUUUUUUUGUGAAAUUUUAGGGUUUGAUAGGCUAUAUUUCAAGGGAAUUGUUUGUUUGUUGGAUGGGAAUUUGGUGUAGAGAGGAAGAAAGAAACGGAGAUGCGAAAGUCAUAUAAGGAUUCUCUUAAAGCUCUUGAAGCUGAUAUUCAACACGCUAAUACACUUGCAUCGAUAUAUCCAAGGGAGUAUGAUGGUGCGUGUGUUCAAAUGAAAUUGUCUUAUAGUCCCGUUGCUCACAUAUUUCUCUUUUUCGUACAAUGGACUGAUUGUAACCUUGCUGGUGCACUUGGGCUGCUUAGAAUUAUUAUUUAUAAGGUUUAUGCAGAUGGCAAGAGCACUAUGUCUAUUGAUGAAAGGAAGGCUAGUAUUAGAGAGUUUUAUGCGAUGAUAUUUCCCUCUUUAUUGCAACUUGAGAGAGGAAUUACUGACGUUGAUGACCGAAAACAGAAGGAAGUCUGUGCCGCGAAGUACAAAAAGAAGGAUGAAUUAUCGAAGGGAAAACUCUCUGCAGUUGAUAUAGAGAGGGAAGAGGAAUGUGGGAUCUGCAUGGAGAUGAACACUAAGGUUGUGCUUCCUACAUGCAACCAUGCGUUGUGCCUAAAAUGCUACCGAGAUUGGCGUGCACGGUCUCAGUCGUGCCCCUUCUGUCGGCAUAGUCUCAAGAGAGUGAACUCGGGUGACCUGUGGAUUUAUACGGACAGCCGUGAUAUCGUCGACAUGUCUUCCAUAUGCAGGGAGAACUUGCAAAGACUGUUCCUCUACGUAGAUGCGCUUCCCCUCAUCAUUCCUGACCCUGUGUUCGUACCUUAUGAUUCUCAUGUCAGGUGAUGAAUAUUACUUGGGGUACUAGAAGAAAAUUACGAGGAUGAACCUGCUGUAUAUAAAACAGAACAUGCCUCUUUCUGAUUUAGUUAGAAUUGUAAAUCCUGCUUGUCUAGCGUUUCUUUCCCUAAUUUGGUAAUAACCACUCCAAAUGGUAGGUGAAAUAUAUAAAAUUUAUGUUACUGUUUUUGCAAAAUACCAUGUUCCCUUGUUUCUUUGAUGUUCUUUAGAGUUUGAACAAAAUAUUAGCUUCUACUCGGACUACUCCUACUCUUGACGUUACGCAAUAUAUGUUGUCUUUCUCUGUUA